GGUAGAGUCACGGUGGGCCACCAUGCUAUUCUUAGAUGGAGGAAUGUACACAGUGGCCUCAUGGCACUCUCCACAACACCCAACUGGAAAACUCUGUGUCAUUUCUCUGUGUCAGGGUCCCUUCCUGACACCUCCUCGGAUCUUAUUUGAACUCUUUCUUUUCGUUUUUUCUAUUCAAACCAAAGUGACAAUAUUCUGUGGAUGUUAUCGGCUCUUUGAAAGGCAGGAGCAACAGGAUGGCUGGCAGAAGGUCGGACAUUUUUUCGUUCAAAGACUCAGAGCUUCCCUGCCACCUGCUCGUCCAGCUCAACAUCCUGCGGCAGGAGCGCCUCCUCACCGACGUGCUGCUCUGCACCGAGCACCAGGAGAUCCCCUGCCACAGGAAUGUCCUGGUCUCCAGCAGCCCGUACUUCCGCGCUAUGUUCUGCAACAACUUUCUGGAGAGCAGCCAGGCUCGCGUGAACCUGAAGGGAAUCUCUCCGAGCGUGCUCACUGGCAUUGUGGACUAUGUUUACACCGGCUGCGUCACUAUCACCAUGGAGAAUGUGCUGCCACUGAUGCAGGCGGCGUCCAUGCUUCACUACGGCGGGCUCUUCGAGGCUUGCUCCAUGUUCCUGCAGGAGCAGCUAAGUCCGGAGAACUGUCUGAGCAUGAUCCGCCUGUCCGAGAUCCUCCACUGUGAGAGUCUGAAGGAGAAGGCGAAGGAGAUGGCCGUGAGGUGCUUCUCUGACGUUGCUGCCACUGAGGACUUCUGUGAGCUGUCUCUUCCAGAGCUCAUGUGCUACCUGGAGGACGACCGCCUUUGCGCCGAGGAGGAACAGGUGUUUGAGACGCUCCUGGCAUGGAUCCACCAUGACCCGUUUUCACGGCGCGGCGCCAUCCACGAUCUCUUCAAGAAGGUCCGUCUGCGCUACAUCCAUCCCACGUACCUCUUCCAGUUCAUCGCCAACGACCCGCUGGUGCAGUCGUCCACGCUCUGCACCGAGAUUAUCGACUCCGUCCGCCGCCUCAUGCUCACCGCCAGCACCAAGUGCAGCCGCGAGCUGAAGCCCCUCUGGACCACGCCGAGACGCUACACCUGCAGAGAAACGCUGGUGGUGGUCGGAGGGCGCAAGAACAACGAGCAGACUUCUCGGGAGGCGCUCCUGUACGACGAAAGGACUCAUCGUUGGCAGUGGUUGGCCAAGCUGCCUCUGCGCCUCUACAAAGCUGCUUACGUGUGCAUCCACAGCAUCCUGUAUGUGCUGGGAGGCCUCAGCCUCUGCAUGGCUUCUGGGGACAGCUCCGUCAGCGCCACCGUUUACACCCUGUCCCUCAAAACGAACCAGUGGAGGACCGCUGAGCCCAUGCUGGAGCCCCGGUACGCCCACCAAAGCGUGUCUUAUCUGCACUUCAUCUUUGUGCUGGGAGGCAUCGGGGUGGACAAGCGAAUCUCUCAGUCAGUGGAGAGGUACAACAGCAUGUUUAAUCAGUGGGAGGCCAUGGCGCCGAUGCCCACCGCCGUGCUUCAUCCAGCUGUUGCAGCCAGCGAUCAGAGGAUCUACGUGUUUGGAGGGGAGGACGCCAUGCAGAACCCUGUCCGGCUUAUUCAGGUGUAUCACAUCGCUCGCAACCUGUGGUCCAGAUUGGAGACAAGAACAGUGAAAAACGUUUGUGCUCCGGCGGCUGUCAUAGAGGAGAAGAUCUACAUCAUAGGAGGGUAUACCAGGAGAAUGAUUGCCUACGACACCAAAGCCAACAAAUUUUUUAAGUGUGCAAAUCUAAAGGAGCGAAGGAUGCACCACAGCGCUGCAGUGAUCAACAACAAGCUCUACGUCACGGGCGGACGCAUCCUCAAUGGCCACGAUGUCAUCGAGGACUCGGAUUGCUUUGACUGUUACGACCCAAAAACGGAUGUUUGGACCUCAAAAGGUUCUCUACCAUACAAGCUUUUUGACCAUGGGUCUCUGCCGCUGGUCUGUGUUUCCAACAGACCCAACCCACCAUGAGCAAAACCUCUCCUCUGCUAUGUUUUAUCAGUGCUUGAUGGAGCUCGGCCUCUGUCAGACGUUAGCAGGCCAUUUAGCACCGCUGAUGUUGAGCUGAAUCAGAGUGGAGUCUGCAAGAGGCAGUAAUGCCAAGGCACCUGUGGUGGAACUGAAGAGGCAAGAAGAAGUUGUCAGGCUUUAACACAAAGCCAUUUGUAGACACAUUCACCUUGGAACAAUGUCUUUCCAUUCACAUUUGAUGAUAAUUAAUAAUGUUUUAUCAUCCCAGAUAAAGAAAAUCCCUUCAUGUGGCAGCUGUAAUUUCCAUUUUUGCCAUUUAAACCUGGAAAAAUUUGGUUUCAUUACUUAGCUCUGUUAGAGAACUGACAUCGGCACUAUUUGCACUUUGUAUAGUAAAUAAUACAUUCCUCCUUGACCCACUUGUUCUUACUGGAUUGCACUUGUUGAUGAGAAGAGCUCUUAAAGAACAUGAAUACGGAGAUGAAGAAGAACCAACCUCUUGUCAUGUUGGAUAAGGUAAUGGAAAGUAUGACAGAUUUGUUCAAAGGAAAUAAACUGGGCCAACGUUUAUUAAUUCA